AUGGGUGCUGAUAAGGGUUCACAUAUAUCAAGUCAUGUUCAUGUCAGCACUGAUCUGUCUGUCUGUCUCUGUGGCUUCCUCAGCGUCGAGAGGAGAAACAAAAACGUAUUGAAUAAGAGUGAGCAGGAGUUUGUAGCCGGCAGGAGAAACACUGUUCUACAAUCCCUGAAGAAGCUUAAGAUUCAGUGCAGUCAGAAAGCGGUGCCAAACAUUGCAUUACUGGGUUCUGGAGGAGGACAAAGAGCCAUGGUGGCUUUGCUGGGAUCCCUGGUUCAGCUUGAUAAAGCGGGUCUUCUGGACUGCAUCCUUUAUCUGAGCGGAGUCUCUGGAUCCACCUGGUGCAUGGCCUCCUUAUACAAAGAACCAAACUGGUCCACUAAACUAGAGACCGUGAAAGACAAAAUCAUUGAGAGAAUCAGAGGUCCUGAAGUCAGCUUGACAGACGUAAUGGCCAAACUGAAGAAAUAUUACUAUGGGAAAGACUUCUUCAGCUUGACUGACGUCUGGGCAGUGAUGCUCGUCAUGUCAUAUGUGAAAGAGAUCGAUGAGCACACACUCACACAGCAGCGGAACCAGCACAAUAAAGACAUGUUUCCCAUCUAUGCAGUGAUCGACAAGCAAACCAAACAGAGCAAUGACGGAGACCCCUGGUUUGAGAUCAAUCCAUAUGAAGCAGGUUAUUCUCUCUCUGGAGUGUUUGUGGACACCGGCGACUUUGGCAGCCAGUUUCACAAAGGCUCAAAGAUAAAACAUCAGGAUGAAUUUGACAUGCUGUACCUGCAAGCUCUUUGUGGCAGUGCUUUAGCAGAUGAAGUGGAUAUUAAGAAAACCAUGUGGCAAAAGAUAAAAGAUUUCUUUCAAAACGAAACAACACUUGAAGCAAUGAGGAAGGAAGAGCAUGAGAGAACAGAUGAAGUGAUGAGAAAAGAGAAGGAAACAGAAGGAAAAGAAGCAGUACUGGAGUCUUUGUCUAUGUCCUGUCCACCAGACUCCGCAGACGAAUGUAGGUUUCAUUCAGAUGAUCCAAUCUCCCCCAUAGAUGAAUGUAACCAGGCGCUCAUGGAUCUUGUGAACAUGAAUAUCUCUGUUUUGAAUGGCGAAGAUCCUUCUGAUUUUGAUGAAUCCAUCAGAACAAAUUUGAAAGACCUCUCUGGAGGCAAAAGUCGGCUGAUUCCUGCAAUGAAAAAAGGGAGAAUUGAUGAUAAAAAAGCAGAAAAAGUGUAUAUAAAGCAUUUCACCCUGGAUGUGUGUGAAUAUUUGAGUAGUCAGCUCCAUAAUUGGGUAUUUGAUGCUGGGAUAAGUAUUUGUAAAUGCAUGGCUGAGUGGAUCUGGGGAAGGAAAUAUAACUUCCUCCACAACAUGACAGUUGAAGCAGUGAACUCCACUCUUCUGCAAAGUGAGACGAGAGACUAUAUAGAUGCCGGAAUGUUGCUGAACUCACCCUACUUCUCAGUGCUGAGAGAAGACAGAGACAUUGACCUCAUCAUUUCCCUGGACUUCAGUGAUGGAGAUCCUUUCAUGACAGUAAAUGGAGCUGCUGAGACUUGCAAGAAACUAAAGAUCCCUUUUCCUGAAGUCAGUGUUCCCAGUGAUGAAGGAAAGAAACCAAAGGACUUCUAUGUGUUCAAAGGCCAAAACGCUCCAACCGUGAUCCACAUCCCUCUGUUUAAUGCGGUCAACUGUGGAGAUAAAGUUGAGGACUGGAGGAAAAAAUAUCGCACCUUUCAAGGUUCUUACGGCGCUGAGAUGAUCGCUGAUCUUAUGGACGUCGCUGGAAAAAACAUCUCAAACAACAGAGAGAAACUCAAGGAGCAGAUUCGGGCGGUCAUUGAAGAAAAAAGAAAAUUUUCUGAAUAA